GCCGCGCGCGUCAGGAAGCGUCGUGUUCUCGCGCGGUCCGCCUUUAAGAAGCGACGACCUCCAAACGCGCCGGAGCGAUAUUUCCGUUCACCGUGCCAGCGUCUCUCAUCCGCCUCCCGGGGCCGCGUCUCCUCCGUUACCCGCGAACACCCCCGCCGCGUCUCCGAGCGCUCGCGUGCAGACCGCGCGUCAUGGCCGCCUAUAAGCUGGUGCUGAUCCGCCACGGAGAGAGCUGCUGGAACCAGGAGAACCGCUUCUGCGGCUGGUUCGACGCCGACCUGAGCGAAACCGGAGCCGAGGAGGCCAAGAGGGGCGGCCAGGCUCUGAAAGAUGCAGGUUAUGAGUUUGACGUCUGCUACACGUCUGUGCUGAAGCGUGCCAUCAGGACCCUGUGGCUGGUGCUGGACGGCAUCGAUCAGAUGUGGCUACCCGUGCAUCGCACCUGGCGUCUGAACGAGCGUCACUACGGCGGCCUGACGGGCCUCAACAAGGCCGAGACGGCGGCCAAACACGGCGAGGCGCAGGUGAAGAUCUGGAGGCGCUCCUACGACAUCCCUCCGCCGCCCAUGGACCCCGAGCACGACUUCUACACCGCCAUCAGCAAGGACCGUCGCUACGGCGACCUGACGGAGGACCAGCUGCCCUCGUGCGAGAGCCUGAAGGACACCAUCGCUCGAGCGCUGCCCUUCUGGAACGAGGAAAUCGUUCCUCAGAUCAAGGAGGGCAAGAGGGUCCUCAUCGCUGCUCACGGGAACAGCCUGCGAGGAAUCGUCAAACACCUGGAGGGUAUGUCAGAGGAGGCGAUCAUGGAGCUGAACCUGCCCACAGGAAUCCCCAUCCUCUAUGAGCUGGACAAGAACCUGAAGCCCGUCAAGCCCAUGCAGUUCCUGGGCGACGAAGAGACGGUCCGCAAAGCCAUGGAGGCCGUCGCCGCUCAGGGCAAAGCCAAGAAGUAGACCAUGAGCCCAGAACCGAACCGCUGACCGAUCCAAUCAUUCAUUUCCUACUUCCCUGAAUCCGGACCACCCUUAUAAUAAGAUAUAACUGAGCCACAGGGAGGGAUUUUAGCUUUACGUAGUCUCUGCACUGAAGAUGGCACACGUGUUUGUCUGCGACGGCAUGCUUUGGCGACUGUUGCCAGGCAACGGCAUAUAUUAAUGACCGGGUGGGCAGCAGAAGUGGUACGAUUCCCCGUCUUUGCGUGAUUCAUGCUUCGCGCCGCCGCUCUAGAUCUCUGAACACCCACACAAACGCUCUCGAUUCAUCCCACACUUUGAAGUCACUGAAAAGAUCUGCGUAGAGGUUUGUUUUUAGGAUUCACCUACGUCUGGAGCGGAGACGUGAUUAAAAGCAGAUUACAUUCCUGUGGGCUUUUUGCAUACGUUUAUGGUCAUUUUUUUUCCCUCACUUUUUCUGUGGUAAAUGUCACUGUAUGUUGAUGUCGUACUGUAGUCCAUGUCUUGUUCGGUGCAGUUUGACCCAAGUAUUCUUUAAAAACAUUUAAGGAAAUAUUGAACAUUGCUGUCCCAGAAAAUACAUUAUUGCAUUUCUUUUUUUCUGUGCUUGUACAGCAGACGUUAAAGUUAUUUUGCUUGACUGAAAGAAAGAGCUAUAUGUACACUUAAGUGUGAUAUGAGAUGUGCAAUCCUUAAUAAAUGUCGGCUUAAUUAAGCAGAAAAA